AUGGAUUCGAACCCGAUACUGAAGAAAAUGAAGACAUAUGGGAUCGGACACCGCAAACUCCACGACGAGCUUUUUGUGGGGGAUAAACCGCCCCCUCGGUUAGGUGUGUACGACAUUGAUGAAGAAGAUUUGUGUCAUGAAGUCAUCCCAACGGUAUGCAACGUCACCGGUUGCACAUUCGUGGCAGAAUCUCUACUUGAAUUCGAAAAUCACUACAACGCCUGCCACAGAUAUGCUUGUGGUCAAUGUAAGAAGAUGCUACCUUCGCCUCAUCUCCUCGAUCUGCAUUUGCAGGAGAAGCACGACUCAUUUUUCGCAGUUAUGGCUGCCAAGAAACCUUCGUAUUGCUGUUACAUAGAAGAGUGUAAAGAAAAAUUUAAAAAUCCAGAUGAGCGCUUAGACCACUGUGUAAAAGUUCACAAACUACCAAAAGACUUUAGAUUCGAUCAGAAACCCAAAACUCCAAAAUUUAAAAAGAAAGAUAUCAAUAAUAGUGAUUUGUCUAUGGAUGUUGAUCCAGCAACUAAUAAACCAUUAGAAAAUAAAAAGUUUUUGUUUAGUAACAGUAAGCAAAAAGCAUUUUCAAAGAAUUGUAAAAAGUCUACAGUGGAUAACAUUAAUACGAAUUCAAUGAAUAUGGGUGAUCAAGUGCCAUAA